AGGGGGGCCAAUCCUCCGCCCUGGCCUGGCCACGGGGCCAGCCGGCCUGCGGAGACUCAGACGCCAGCCACAAGCGGGAGCUGGGAGCUGGAGCCAAGUACUGAGGGCUGGGGAGCCAGGGGCUAGCAAGAUGCUGGCAAUUGUGACGACUGAGGUUUGGUCCCAGAGAGCCACGUGGUGGAAGGAGAGAACCAACUCCUACAUGCUGUCCUCUGGCCUUCAGAUGCAUGCUGUGUCAGCCUGGUUCCCACCAUGAGUGCAGAGCUGAAUGUGCCCAUGGACCCCUCCACCCCUGCCUGCCCUGAGCCGGGCCACAAGGGCAUGGAUUACCGUGACUGGGUCCGGCGCAGCUACCUGGAACUGGUCACCUCCAACCACCAUUCAGUGCAGGCGCUGUCCUGGAGGAAGCUGUACCUGAGCAGGGCCAAGCUGAAAGCCUCCAGCAGGACCUCCGCCCUCCUCUCUGGCUUCGCCAUGGUAGCCAUGGUGGAGGUGCAACUGGAGACACAGUACCAGUACCCGCAGCCCCUGCUCAUCGCCUUCAGCGCCUGCACCACGGUGCUGGUGGCCGUGCACCUGUUCGCUCUGCUCAUCAGCACAUGCAUCCUGCCCAACGUGGAAGCCGUGAGCAACAUCCACAACCUCAACUCCAUCAGCGAGUCACCGCACGAGCGCAUGCACCCCUACAUUGAGCUUGCCUGGGGCUUCUCAACUGUGCUGGGCAUCCUGCUCUUCCUGGCUGAGGUGGUACUACUCUGCUGGAUCAAGUUCCUCCCUGUGGAUGCCAGGGGCCAGCCAGGCUCCCACAGCCACACAGGCUGGCAGGCCGCGCUGGUAUCCACCAUCAUCAUGGUACCCGUGGGUCUCAUCUUCGUGGUCUUCACUAUCCACUUCUACCGCUCGCUGGUGCGGCACAAGACUGAGCGCCACAACCGUGAGAUCGAGGAGCUGCAUAAGCUCAAGGUGCAGCUGGAUGGGCACGAGAGGAGCCUGCAGGUGGUGUGAGGACUGUCCAGGAUGGCACAGCUUGCAGGAGAGUGACCCUCAGGCGGUGUUAGCCACCGUGCCGCCGGCAGGAGUAGCCAAGGGGCUGCCAGACAAACCCUGGCUUCAUGAGAACCACCACAACUUCGUAAGCGCCACAGUGGGGGUUUCUGAGCAGACUGCACAGAUGCUGCCCCGAUUCUUCAGUACUCCUCAGAUGCAUGAGGGUCUAAAGGGGUGAGGAUACAUCCAUCCUAUCACACAGGCCAGAGGAGGAAAUAGGGUCACAUGGCCCUGGGGACUUACUUCCUGGAUCAGGGACAAGCUGAAAACACCUUGUCCUGGGAAAGGGGUCCCAGCACACCAGAGGUCACAGCAAAUCUCAGACAUCUGGGCCUUGUGAUUGGCAGGCCAGCUAGAGGACUGGGGUUCAGUCAGUAGCUUGCCUAGUGUGCAGGAAGCUCUGGGUUUGCACCCCAGCACUACAUAGCCAGGUGUGGUCAUCCCAGCUUUAGGGAAGUAGAGGAAGGAGGAUCAGGGGUUCGACGUGGUUCUCUACUACAUGGUGAGAAGACAUGCACGUGCAUACAUGUGAGCACACGCAUACAUACACACACACAUAAAGAACAGGCUGCUGGAAAGAGCAGAGAUGAGCCCAAGGCUGGCACAGGGUAACAUGGCUUGCAAUGACACACAGGGGAACCGUGACUGAUCUAUGUAUGGUUCAGCUUGGUGCUUUCCUCCAGUUCUGGAGAGUAUCACGAGGUGUCCAGAUCCUGGGGCACGCACAGCUCAACAAGGGUAACACAUACCGUUAUUGGAAUCCAGGUUGCCUAGACAUAGAUGACCCAGUGUGGGAGGCUUGGCAGGUUGAGGAGAAAUGUCCUAGAGUUCACCACCAGCGGCUCACUGAGGUCAGAGAUGGUGACACACCCCACACACAGCAGGCUCUCCCACCUCCUAGUCACAGAACGGGUCUGAACUGGCCAGCUCUGUGGACUCCGUCAACACAGUGAGCAGCAUCUCAGAGACCUGGCAGCUCAGCUACUGUGCUGCCUGUGGUCCCUAGACACUGAGAGGAUAAACUGAAGGGGUUUCCUGUUUCAGCACAGCAGUUAGCCUGGUCUGGCCUGUGGGUGGGGCAGGGGGCCUGCUCCAGGCUAACAUAAGUGGAUAUUCCUUAUGAUAGCCCGGUUAACUGCAGAGAAGAGGGGAACUCAACACUGCUGUGGCCCUGCCAGGACUCUCAGUGCAGGUCCCUGCCCCCAUGUUUGCACAGCUGUGCAUGAGUUUGGCAUUGUCACUGCAGGCAUCUGGUGACCCAGCUGGUGUUGUCCAUGUCCUGCGGUACAGCACCAGCUUACGUGGGAACUGCUGGGACACCCUGUUUACCCACGUCUGCAGCAUCACCCGGACUGGGCUCCUGCAAGGAGUCUAUAUUUGGUGCUGUGGGAGCCUGGAGACCCGCCUGGGGUUUCUGGAAAUGGGUCACACUGUUGAGCAUAGGCUUCCGCACACAGAGGGCCUGGGGGAGCCUCUCGGAGAAUCUUCCUUGUAAACUGUGACAUCUUUGGGGAACUAGGACACCAUGUCCUGUCUUUCAAAGCUGUGUCCUUCAACACCCUCCACCUCUGCGGACAGGUCUUGAGACCCUUGAGGUCUUAGACCUCUGCUUUCCUGGGGUCUUUGGGAAGGGCAGCUUAGUUUGAUUUGUUUUGCUGAAGAAUGCUAGUCAUGGGCAGGCGCGAUGGCUCAGUGGGUAAAGGCACUUGCCACCAAGCCUGGAGACCUGAGUUCAGUCCCCAUCCUCGGAACUACACACAAAUAAGUAUAGUAAGGAAAAUAAUUUACUAUUAGAGUCACUGUAAGAUGGCACAAGAGUCCCAGCAGGGAAGACAGGAUAAUCUUUUGGAAUGAGCAGCUCCAAUGGGCACCUCUUGGACCACCAUGUUGAAGGCUGAGGAUGUCGCUCAGUGGGUGGUCUGUUUGCCUGGCAUAACAAAGCCCUGGGUCCCAUAUCUAGCGCCACAUAAACCAAACAUGGCAGGAUGCAUCUGCAAUCCCUGCAUUCAGGAGAUGCAGGCUGGAGGGUCGAUGGGGAGUUCAAGGUCAUAAUGAGGUCAAGGUCAGCCUGGGCUGGUCAGAGUUUGUAUGGGGGGGAGGGGAGCUGAGUAGACCAGAGUUCAAUUCCCAGCAUCCACAUAGGGCAGCUCACAACUACCUGUAACUCUGGCCUCUGCAGGCAUCCACGUGUGUACAUACAUACACAUACAAAAUAAAAAGGCGGUUCCUGUGGACAUUAGACCCGUCCUUCCCACCCACUUUCUGAGAGCAUCCAGUGCUCUCAGAUCUAGGGCAGUGUAGAUCUCCUGUGGUCCCUCAUGCUGUCCCUUCCCGUCUUCUCAGUCUUCCAGUGCCGGGGCAGGGGACAGCCGUCUGUGUGUGAACACUGGCAGAAGCCAGCAGCGCAGGCUGAAGGCGAGACAGUUCACUUUCUGGAGGCAUAACCUGAUUUCAGACAUUGCUCUAACCACAGUGGGCCCCUGGGGCCUGCACAGGCUUGCCCUAAUUUCGUCUGUCCAAGAUGCAGCCCUUCCUGAUGCUCAAGGGACCGGUGCCCUCAGACACACCAAGGCCCUUCCCAACAUGGCAUACAGUCUCCCGGUAUGCUUGACCACAAAGUCUCCAAAAUCCAAGCAUUUCCAUUUAAGAAACUUCAAAGGCAGACUGUGAUUAGCGUCUUCCGGAAAGGUCUACUGAGAACAAGCUACAGGAGCCCAGAGGGCCCAAGACUUCCUCUGUGCCACUAUUUCUGCAGGACACUGUAGGUAAAGCCUGCCCUGUGUGUGGAGUUUUUAGCAGUUACCCUGGAUUGAACUGAAUAAAUUGAUAGCGCUUU